CGAAAGUAUCGUAGCAUUCGAUAGCUAUCUUGAAAACAGCUGGUUGCUCAAACAUUGCAGGUUGUGGAACUACUAAACAAUUAGAAAUGAUUAAAGCUAUUCUUGUAUUUAACAACCAUGGGAAGCCGAGGCUCUCCAAAUUUUAUCAAUAUUUCGAUGAGAAUCUGCAGCAACAAAUCAUUAAAGAGACUUUUCAGCUUGUCUCCAAGAGAGACGAUAAUGUUUGUAACUUUCUAGAAGGCGGCAGCUUGAUUGGUGGAUCGGACUAUAAGCUGAUAUACCGCCACUAUGCCACAUUGUACUUUGUCUUCUGUGUGGAUUCUUCAGAGAGCGAACUGGGUAUUCUUGACUUGAUACAAGUAUUUGUUGAAACCCUAGACAAGUGCUUUGAGAACGUUUGUGAACUGGAUUUAAUAUUCCAUGCUGAUGCCGUACAUCAUAUUCUAUCGGAAUUGGUUAUGGGUGGGAUGGUGCUCCAAACAAAUAUGAAUGAUAUAAUGGCAAGAAUUGAGGAGCAGAAUAAGAUCGUCAAACAGGAGGCGGGUAUUUCAGCAGCUCCUGCUCGAGCCGUUAGCGCCGUAAAGAGUAUGAACAUUCCUCAACAGAUUAAAGAUAUAAAGCUACCCGAUCUGCCCCAGGCAAUUAAGGACUUAAAGUUCUGACAAAUCUCUAUGAAUUCCCAUGAGCGCAACGCCGUAUUCCACGUUUUGAUGCUUUAAUAAUAUUAGGUCAUGUUGGAUUUAUGUACCCACUCUCAUUUACCGAAUAAAAUGCAGCUUAUUUAUCUAUA